UCAGAGUCUAUGCAGUCGAGUGGAUCUGAAAAUUCGGACUCUAUCUACGUGAGAGUAUCAAUACCUGAACAAAAUUUACAAAAAUGUUUAUGUUUUCACCUUGAUAAGACUGUUUAUACUGCCAAACAACAAGUGUUAUCGACAUUGGCCAAAGAGUUGAAAGAUGGUAAUAAUUACGGUUUUUAUAGUCUACCAGAAAAUGGCAGAGCUGGUAAAUUCUUGGAAGAAGAGAGACCACUCCGGGACUAUCCUCUGAGUAGUCCCAUAGGGUAUCUAGAAUUUAAGUACAAGAGAAGAGUUUACAAACAAUUAAAAUUAGAUAAAAUGCAGAUACGUAAAAUACACACCAAGGCCAAUCUGAAAGUAUUCAUGGAUCAUGUAAAGUCUCGGAACAUUGAUAAAGUACGAAAAUUUCUAGACAAAGGGCUGGACCCAAACUACCAUGAUGAUGAGACUGGAGAGACUCCAUUGACAUUAGCAUCAUCUAUGGAUAGAACUAAUGAUAUUAUUUUAUUACUCGUCAACGGCGGGGCGCAUCAAGAUUUUCGAUCCACAGAUGGUUUAACGCCGGUACAUAAAGCAGCGAAGAAAGGCAAUUACAGCAUAUUAAAAACUUUAUUAGAUUUAGGAGCAUCACCAAAUUACCAUGACAACAAAGGACUGACUCCUUUAUAUCACACAGUAACUAAUAAAGUGAACGCGGAGUGCACGCAGUUAUUGUUACAUGAGAGAUGCGAACUCAAUGCUGCUGAUGGCCAAGGCUGGCGGGAGAUACAUCAGGCAUGUCGAUACGGUAGAGUACAACACUUGGAGCAUUUACUAUACUAUGGCGCUAUUAUGAAUGUUCAGAACGGUGCAGGAAAUACCGCAAUACAUGUCUGCGCUCUCUAUAACCAAGAACAAUGCGCUAGAGUGUUGUUAUUCAGAGGUGCAGAUAAAGAUAUUAAAAACUAUGCAAAUCAGACGGCAUUUCAGGUUGCCAUAGUUGCAAAUAAUUUUGAUUUGGCUGAAAUCAUUAGAAAUCAUGGAUCUGAAGAUGUUGUUCCAUUUAGGGAUGCACCCAAAUACAGCAUGCGUAGGCGGCCGUCGUCAAUGUACGUACAUAGUACAUGGAGUGAUACACAUAUACCGCAAAUAAAUGGUGAAUAUUCAUCCCCAAAUGGAUCGCUUCGGAGUUUACCAAUCGGGUAUGCUGGCAGCUCAUCUCCACGGUCCAUCGGCAGUACAGGGUCGGCAGAAUCCCUUCUUAGUAGUACUCCUAGAAAACCGGAAGAUAUGUAUCGACCGGUCAUUGUCGCUCCAAGUACGUCUACUUUACCUAGAAGUAGUUCAUUUUUACACAAUGCCAGAUGCUUAAACACAAGUAAAUAUGAAGAAAGAAUUAAGCAGAGGCCACACAGUAUCGCUGCUGCCACUUGCACCUUGCCUAGAAGUAAAAAUGGCACAAAGAAUUCAAUAAAAUUCGAUAGUAGUAAAAUAAUGACGCACAAGAAGCUUUACGAUUGCACUCCUGGGAGGACCUUCAUUGCGGUCAAAAACUACACAGCGUUAGAAGCAGGUGAAUUGUCCUUGAAAAAAGGAGAUUUUGUUGAAGUUUUGAAUAUUGGUGAGCAUAAUUUUUGGGAAGGUAGUGUGAAAGGUUCCGCUGGUUGGUUUCCUUCAUACUGCGUCGAGGAGGUGAAAAUGAGAGGAAAAAAGGUCAAAGAAGAGACAUUCCAAGUUGAAGAAGAAACAAAGAGUCCAUCGUCAGUUUGCGAUAACCAUGUUAGAACUGUUGUAUUACACCGAACAAAGAAAGGUUACGGUUUUGUCCUGCGUGGUGCCAAGUCGUCCAAUCCAUCAUUAGAAUUCCAACCUAGUGCCGAGUUCCCAGCGUUGCAGUAUCUGGAUGCUGUUGAUAAAGGGGGUGUGGCACAUAAAGCCGAACUGGAAGCAGGUGACUUUCUUGUAGAGGUUAAUGGUGAGGAUGUAGUGAAAGCGACACAUAGACACGUGGUGGAAUUGGUUAAAAAGUCGGGUGAUACACUCGUACUGAAGGUAGUGACUGUGGUACCCACCAAACCGUAUGCAUGGCUGGAUAAAGAGAAAAAAGAAAAAAGUAAAAAAGCACCAAAACCACCAGAAAGGUCACCAGAUACUAGAAUUAGCCAAAAUUUAGGGGAGAACCAGAACCAGACAUUUGGUCCAGAUGAAAUUGCAGCAUUAGAGGAACUUGAAGAUGCAAUCAAACGUCACAGUUCUAUGGGUGAUCUGUACCUUCCAUCGGAGAAUCCCAGUAGACAUGCCUCUAUUAAAUCGCGUCCUACGACACCACGGCGCAGCCAAGCCGAAAUGUACGAAAUAUUUGAGCGACAAGGGUCAAUAGGUUAUUCUCAAAAUUCCCAAAAUCCAAGCGGACCAAGAGUUAUCGUUCCUGAGGGUGUUAAAGCCGCAACGUUGAAGAGGAAUUCACAAAUUGCUGGAGCUGACGGCGGCUCUUUGUAUUAUCAAGAAAAUGUACCUAGAUCUAAUCUUCGAAGUGCAUCAUCAACGCCCAACUUAGCGUCAGCAAUGUAUAUGAAACGUAGACAAUCGUCACCAUCGGGGACUGUGCGUUCUGAUGGUUAUUAUCGGCCCGUCAUUAGUCGUCCAAUAUUAAUAGAUUCAACAUCUGAACAAGAGUCUGUGCAGCAAAGUGUUAUUGAUUACAGAAGACGUAGCUCGUUAACGGAUUCUGAGACAACGUCAUCACCUGUCUCAUCACCGAGAACCCCUGAUUCUCCAGCUGUCUACGCUGUUCCAUUUAGAGGUUACUCGGACAAUGCCGAAGCAUCUGUUAGCAGUGCUAGCUCUAUGUCAUCAACACGAAAUACAUUCUCGCAUCAAAGAUCUGCAUCUAUCAGUAGUUUGAACAAACCUAUGGAGCCACCCCCACCACCUCCUUCAUCGUCAUCGCAAAAAAUACCAUCCAGUUUUAACCCUGAUAACCCAGCGAAACUAUAUAUGUUACCCCCUGCUAUAAGCGAGCAUGGAAUACGUUCAAAACUGAAACAACAUCAGCAUCAGCGUACCAAUAGUUUAACUGAUAGAACAAAUAAUCCAAUGCCGGCUAAGCAAUCUGUUCACAUUCUCCCACAACCUGAUUACAUUGAGGUAGGAAGGCAACAAAAACUACAGGAAGGUAAUGCUGGGACCAAAAAAUCUUCAAAAAAUUACGCUGCUCCAAAACCCCAGUCUCAAGUGCCUGUUGAGGUGCAUGCCUCGUAUGACAGUCAGCAAUGUAUGCAGCACGUAACACUAACACAAACUGAUAACGUUGAUGCGAGUUCCUUGUCUGUGGCCAAAGCGCGAGCAGCACUUGAUAAAAAUCAUCCGCCACCUGAGCGGAGAAGCUCUGAUUCUGUUUUAAUCGUGAAAGAGAAAGAAGAACUUGAUUCAUCUGCUCUGAAUCUUGCGUUAAAGGCUCGUGAUAAAAGUAUUAAAGAAACGCCAAAAAAAGAACUUGUAAAGUCGGUGGAUCCUUCAACAGCACUUAGGUUGGCUGUUGAAAAACGUAGAAUUGAACUUGAAGCAAAAGAUUAUAAGGGUGUUGACAUCGACAAGAAGAUACAAGAAAAUAAGUACAGCCAGCCCAAAACAGUGACAAACUCGAGUGCCUCAGUAAAUAACACUAAAAUGCCAAAUGUUUCGAAAACUACAACGACAACGAUGAAGUCGGCAAAGGUCCCUGAAAAUCCAGCAAACACAGGCGGUGGUGUGAAUGACAAUAUGAAAAGUGAAAUACAACUUGCCGCCGCAGCCAUGCAAAACCGUCUCGCUACAAAGUCUGUGAAAAAAAGAAACUUCACAAUAAAUAAAAAAGAGGAAACCUCAAGUGGCACGCAGAAAAAAAUUGUGAUAAUAAAUUCUGCUAGUGUUUCUAAAGAGGUCAAAAAACAAAAUGAGCUUGAGCAGAAAAAAGCCGACCAGAAUGCCAGAGUGAAGGCAAAUUUACAGAGUAAAAAAACGGAAAGUCAUGAGGAGGCUUUAAAAAGUAGUAUUGCACGGAGAGCGGCUGAAAUUGAAGAGAAAAUGAAAAUGAAAAAAAUGGCUGAAAAAGAUACUCCAGGAUUUAUUCCCCCACCCCCUGUUGACACAAACACAACUGCAGGCUUUGUCCUGGAUGAGGCAUUGCCACCUCCAUUGGAGUUCUCUACACAUGAAGAACCUGAAAGCAUUCCAAAUAUAUUUACAAAUGAAAAGGGAUUAACGAAUGAAGAGAGGAAUCGAAUGAAUCACCAGAGGGCCAUUGGUCAUGAACAGGAAGAGAGUAGACCAGGCUUUAAUACGAUUCGAAAAAAAUUUGAAGCGGGGAAAAUAAAUAGACCUGUGGUUGAUAAAACUUUUAAGGAUUCUGAUGUAAUGUACAGUAUCCCUCCACCACCCCUUCCUGAUACCACUGACCAGAAUGGUAUCACCACAGUCAAUAUUGUUCCACCCCCACCGCCUGUGUCGUUUGACGAUAGGACUUAUCACUAUAAAGGACGUACUCAGCGCGAGCAUAGCUUUGACACGGCUAGUACAGUGUCGUCAGUUUCUACAUUGUCAACGCUCUCGAGUCUGAGUGCAUACUCAGCUGAUAAUUCUGAAAUGUGCGAAACCAUCCCGGAGGUUGAUUCCGAGAGUGACACUUUGAAAUCGCAUAAAAGUAGCAGUUCACAUCGAACCCUUGUUGGUUAUAAUCCUGGUAAUCACCAAGAGGCACAUGAAUUGAUACGAAGGCAGCGGUUCUUGGAUACGGAGCACACCAUUCCUGUACCAUUUAGAUCAAGCCAGGGUGAUUUGACGGCAGCUGAUUCAAGAACAUCAACUCCUCCCCCUCCGUCAGAUUUUACAGAUACUGCCUACAGUUCAGCUAAUAGUGAGACUGGAGGGAGUGAAGAUGGUAGAGAGAAUUACAGUUUUAACUCAGGUACCCACAGUAUUAAAUCCUUUUCAAGUCUUAGCAAACCUUUAGAUGAGUGGACAGCAGAGGAUGUUGGAGAUUGGUUGGACAGCAUUAAUAUGGGAGAACACAGAGCAACGUUUGUGGAAAAUGAGAUUACUGGCGAACACCUUCCAGCGCUGGCAAAAGAUGAUUAUAUUGAGCUAGGAGUAAUCAGAGUCGGGCAUAGAAUGACUAUUGAUAGAGCUCUUAAAAAACUAAAGUGA